GUAAUUAGAAAGUGAAAAUAUCUCUUCUUUUAUUUUCAUGUAUUUAUUUAUUCUUUUCUUGUUUUUAUUAAAGGUUUUACAGUCGGAAUGGUUCAGUGACUUGCUCUAUGUUCCAGAGAAGCCAAAGAUUCAAUUCAAUUCAGUUUUUAUCAAAUCACAAAAACAUCUCAAGAGGAACAAGGAAAAAAAAAAGGUGGGAGCUGUGUCGCCUCCCAGCUCCUCUCCCGUCCGUGCGCGUCAAAAAGGCGAGAAACCAGCCCGACCAGUCCACAGCAGAGAUGGCAGCAGAGAUGGCAGCCGAGUGGACAGACGCAGCGCUCGAAGAAAACGCCGGCGAAGAGUGCAGUCGUAGCAUCCCGAAGAGACAUGCCCGGGUUACGGUGAAGUACAACAGGAAGGAGCUGCAGCGACGCCUCGACGUAGAGAAGUGGAUCGACGAGAGCCUGGAUAGACUGUACGCGGGGCAGGAGAGUGACAUGCCAGAGGAGGUUAACAUUGACGAUUUGCUCGACCUUCCGAAUGAAGAGGAGCGUGUCAAAAAGUUGCAGGAACUUCUUCAAAAGUGCAGAAGCAGCACAGAGACCUUCAUCAAGGAGCUGGUGGUCAAGCUACAAGGAGUUCACAGGAAGGAUGAGCUGCAGAGUGAAGGCAUCGAGCAUCCUGUCAUCUGUCAUGGCCACUAUCGCCAUGAGCCUUAUCACUUCAACAACCCACAGCACCACCACUUUCACCACAACCAAGAGCAAAAUCAGACCCUCUGAUGGCCCAA